ACACAGGGGUCACAGCCGCACCUCGGGGUGUGGGGACACCAUCUCCGGGGCUCGGGGACAGGACCCCCGGACCCCCGGAGCCCGGGGAGGGCGGCGGAGCCCGGGAUCCGUUAUCAGCUCCGGCCCCGGGGCGCUGGCGCUAACCGGGUUAUGCGGGAUGGAUGAUGGAUGCAGGGACGCGAGGGGGAUGGACGGGGCCGUGGCCGCUCCCCGCCGCCCCCCCGGGCCGGGCAGGGAUAAAAAGCGGCGGCGGCGGGGCCGGAGCCGCAGCCCCUCGCCAUGAGCAGCCCGGCCGCGCUCCGAGAGGGCUACGAGCACUUCGACCCCCGCGCGUACCUGCGCAACAAUUACCUCCCCCCCCGCGCCGACUUCUCCUCCGAGGAGUUCGUGGUGCCCUGGAAGCUGCGAUGCCUGGCCGAGACCUUCGCCAGCGGUGAGAUCCGAGGGCGGAUGUUGAUCGACGUGGGCUCGGGCCCCACCAUCUACCAACUGCUGAGCGCCUGCGAGCACUUCGAGGAGAUCGUGGCCACCGAUUACCUGGCGGUGAACCGGGAGGAGCUGGGCCGGUGGGCGCGGGGCGAGCCCGGCGCCUUCGACUGGAGCCCCUUCAUCCAGCACGUCUGCAAGAUCGAGGGGCGCGGGGAGCCGUGGCAGGACAAGGAGCGGCGCCUCCGGCAGCGCCUCCGCCGCAUCCUCCCCAUCGACGUGCACCGGCCGGAGCCGCUGGGAGCCCCGCUGCGCCCGCGGGCGGACGCGCUGCUCUCCGCCUUCUGCCUGGAGGCCGUGAGCCCCGACCGCGCCGCCUUCGUGCGGGCACUGACCCAUGUGGGCAACCUGCUGCGCCCGGGGGGCCACGCCGUGCUGCUGGGGGCCCUGGGCGAGUCCUUCUACCUGGCGGGCCCCGCUCGGCUGCCCGUGGUGCCGCUGCGGGAGCCCGACGUGCGGGAGGCGCUGGCGGCCGCGGGGUUCGCGCUGCGGGAGCUGCGCACCUACGCGAUGCCCGCCGCGCUCCGCACCGGCGUGGAUGAUGUGGAGGGGGUGUUCUUCGCCCACGCGCAGAAAGCGCUGGAAAGCUGAGGGGAAUGGCCGGGAAAUGGCCGGGAAAUGGCCGGGAAAUGCAUGGGAAAUGCCUGGGAAAUGGCAGCCAGCCCGGCAGCGCCAGGGGUGCGGUGGGGUGGAGGCAGCGCCGGCUGGAUGGGGACAAUAAAGGCUGAGGAUGGUGACAA